AUGUCAAGACCCAUUUCCGUCGCCGCACGGUCAGUCUUCCGCGACACAUUCUCCAAUUCCUCCUCUCGUUCCAUUUCCAGGGCCCACACCCCACUUCCUGAUGGAGAAGAAAACGGCUCUCUAGAUGUCAAUUUUCUGUCCCUUGAAGAGCUUCUUCUGAAGAAACUCGAGUCGCUUCAAGCACUUUUGCUUCAGAGCGAACUCGAGGACACCGAAAACCGAGACUCAAUGGUGGCAAACUCGCAGGAUUACCGCCAGAGUCAUGCAGUUGCCAUGAACAAGAAUAGAAUCCAAUCUGACCAUACCACAAUCGUAGACAUCAUCAAUUCGUUGCAGCAUCCAAGAAGCGAGGUUUCUUCGCUGUCGCGUGAGAUGCUCUUGGCUCAAUUGUACAAGCUCAUUGUGACUAAACCUGUCUAUGUCAGUAACAGUGAGUCCACUGGUGUAGUUACUGAGGAAGAUGUGCUGGACUUGGUGAAAAUUUUGUCUGCAAGUGAUUAUAGAUCCAGCACGGAGUUCAUUUUGUUAUAUCGUUCAUGUAUUAGUUUGCUCGUUAGUGACUUGGAUGACUUUGGUGAGAUUGUCAGCACAGACUUCCUAGCUAGCAUUGAAACCUUAUUCACCGACUCGCAUAAUUCUUACAUCACCAAUGAAAACAAGGCCAAUGUCAUCACUGGAUACUGUGGCUUGUUGUUGGCACUCUAUGGUGACACUUCCGCAUUCGGUAUCGACGAUAAGGUCAAAUGGAUGAUGGAAUAUGCCAGUGGUUUUGUGCAAAGCGCUGUAACUUUGAAGACUCAAUUGAAAACCGGUGAUCGUGAGUACUCGACUCUCAUGCAUGAAAGUGACGACAAACUUCUUGUCAGCGAACAGGAGGCCAGUGCGCAGGCUGAGGCUGCUAUCGCUGUGGCUUCCCUUCAUGGUGUCGCUGUUUUGAUUACUUUGCUCCAAAAGGGCGACUACCUUAACGACUUAUUGACUCACAUAGCGACCGAGGUCAUUGAGAUCAUCGAUAAUGAUAUGAUUCCAGAGCUCUCCAAGGCCGCAGCAAAAGUUUUGGCAUUAUGUUAUGAGCUCUACACUUACGAGGAGAACUCUGAAGAUGACGAGGAUGACGAAGAAUUCAACUACAAUGCACCAGUCUAUGAACAGGAAUCUAUCUUGAAUAUCCUCAACAGACUUGCAAACGUGUCAUCCAAGAAAAUUGGAAAGAAGGAGAAAAACAAGAGCUCAACCUUCAAAGAAGUGGCUAACACUAUUCAAAACUACACCGAUGCUGAGAAGCGUACCGAGAUCUAUAAACGCACACAGACUGGUAUUGAACUUUUAGCAGGAUCUGUCAGCUCUACACAGAUUAAGUUGUCCAGAUCCAAGUUCUUACCUAUCAACAGUUGGUUCCUAUACUUUAGAUUGUUACACAUGAAAUGGCUCUUCGGCUUUGGCCUCCACGAUCAACUUGUCGGAAAUCCAAAUGUCAAGAGUCUUUUGAGAGAGCCAAGCACAGAGUAUCAGCUGAAAUACAGCCGAUCCGAUGCCUCUGAGUAUGACGGCACUAGUUACGGAAAUAAUGCCCGCAAAGAUACUGAUCGGUUCGUCGAUCCUGAGAAGAAGCGUGCUACUGAGAAGAAGAAGGCUAUUGAAAACAAGAUCAGCGAGAAGUUUGACCAAUUGGAGCUUUAG